AUGGCACUUCAGUGGCUCGUACUGCCGCUCGCGCUGCUCUCCGCCGUCGUGCAAUGCGCCCCUGAAAACCGGUGGCGCGGACUCUCGCCGCAGAUGCAGCAGAAGCUCCGGUCCGUGUCCAGCUUCCAUUGUGACAAUCGACAGCAACAGUGGCCCCUCUCGCGCUUGAAUGACAAUUAUUGCGACUGCAAAGACGGCAGUGACGAGCCUGGCACGUCUGCCUGCUCGCACACCAAGGCAGUCUUCCACUGUGAAAAUGCUGGCUUCUUCUCGACGGAACUCCCGACGUCACGCGUGAACGACGGCGUCUGUGACUGCUGCGACGCCUCGGACGAGUACGCGAGUGGCGCGUCCUGUGCCUCGCACUGCUCUGAAGAGAUGCAGAGCUUUGUGGCAGACAGGGAAGACUUGGUGCAGCAAGUGGAGGCAGGGCUGAAGGAUCGGGUCGUGUUGACGGCUGAAGUCCGCAGGCUCUGGAACGAGGAAGAGCUCAAGAUACAGCAGCUGGAAGCUGAAGUGGCUCUACUGCGUGGAUUGGUAGAGCAGUCAGAAGAAAAAGUGAAGGACGAGGAGAGAGCGGAGCAGGAAGAAAAGGAGCGACGCAUUGCGGAGAGUAAAGACGAGAUCAUGCACCAAUUGGGACUGCUGGAGCUGACCAAAGAGCAGCUGACGUCAAUCAUUCUGGAGAUUGGACGGGAAGGUGUGUGGACAAAGCGCGACUUGCUGCCGAUUAUCCGGAAGGAGCGUGAGGCAGCUGUCAGAGAAGCUGAAGAGAUGCACAAGACACCGAUGGAUGAAGAAGACGAGGCCUUUCGUGAGCGAGACGAGGCCCGUCAAGAGGAGACGCGUCGCAUCGAGAAGUUGAUUGAACAGCGUACGAAGGACGAGGAGAAGGCAGUGGAGGAAGCAAUGGAAGCGUUGGAGGAAGAAGCGGCUGCUACUGACGGAGAUGAAGGUGGAGCAGAGCCUGACAUCGCCUCACCGGUUGAGGACGAGAAGGUCGAAGAGCUUGGCGCGGACGACCUGGAGCUCCCCGAAGUUGAGGUCCACCCCAUUGAUCUGCUUUACGAAGAGCUGGCUGUUACUGAGCGCUAUGAGUCGAGUCAAGCUGUGUCGGCUCGUAAAGAGCACGAGGACGCAAAGAAAAAAGUUCAGGAGGUGGAAGGCAAGUUGCUUGAGGCGCAAACACUGAUGAACAAGGAAUACGGUGUGGACCGUCUGUUCUUUGGGCUGCGCGACAAGUGUGUGGAAUCGAGCGGGGGGCAGUACACGUACAAGGUUUGCUUAUUCGGCAAGGCGACUCAAGACCAGACCAUCUUGGGCAAUAUGGAGGAUAUCAAGGGCAUUGAGGUACAGGACGGCGAGGGUUCUCCCGAGGACUCGUCCGCUGCUGGACCAAUUGUGAAGCAGGUAAAGUUUUCGAAUGGCCAAAAGUGCUGGAACGGACCGAACCGAUCGCUGACAGUGACGCUAGAGUGUGGUCCGGAGCCGAUGGAGCUCUCUGAUAUUGAAGAGCCCAGUACGUGUGUAUACUCGGCGAAGCUGCGCACACCCGUGGUAUGCAGCGAGGAUGAUCGCAAACAGAUCCUGACGCUUGACGACGUGCAGGUGGCUCCUCACCACAUCGAAGUCGAGGUUCUGCCCACGCUGUGA